AUGUUAGCGUCUAUCCCACAAAUGGAAGCGCUUCACUCUCUGCCUCGGAAUCAGGACGUUUCAAUGCGACAACCGUCAGCGGAAGAUUUGGAUGCUGCGCAGCAGUUGAUCUCCUCAGCGCAGGCAGGUCGUGAACAUCUAGCAGAUCACUACCGGGAGGAUGGCAUGGUGCAAGAAUCUGGCCAACCUGGAUCAAGUCAAUGGAUUGGACACAAUGAAAUCCCGAGCGAGAAAACAUCUCCUGGCCAAAAAGACACAACUUUCCUGGGCCAUUCAUGCAGCAAUUGCGGCACGAAAAGCACUCCUCUUUGGCGUCGUUCUCCCACGGGAGCGAUGAUCUGCAACGCCUGCGGUCUCUACCUCAAGGCUCGCAACGUCGCUCGUCCCACGAAACGGAAUCGGAUGCAAUCAGAGGGUGCUGAGAAACCACCGCCUCCUGCAGCCUCUCACUGUGGAGGUUCCUCGGAAGGUGGUGGUUGCAAGGGGUCAUGCCCUGGUGGUGGGAGUUGUAAUGGCACUGGUGGCGCAGAAGGAUGCGAUGGUUGCCCGGCAUACAACAACCGGAUAUACAAGUCCGCUCCCCGAGGAGCGGCUGCCAUCCAAUCUUCGUGGAGCCGUCACCCAGCACAAGAGCUUGAGCCUGUGACGCAAGAGGAGCCACAGGCGAAGAUCCCUGCUCCUGCCGAUGGCUCUAAUACCUUGGUUGCUUGUCAAAAUUGCGGUACGACCGUGACUCCUCUGUGGCGGCGUGACGAACAGGGCCACCCCAUUUGCAACGCUUGUGGAUUGUACUAUAAGCUCCACGGAUGCUAUCGCCCCACCAAUAUGAAAAAGUCUAUCAUCAAACGUCGCAAACGCGUUGUUCCCGCCCUACGAGAUCAGUCUCCCACUGCUGCUACCCUUUCUUCCAAUGGCUCAUCGGCAUCCCCGGAGGCAUCACCUGCUGCCCUGGCGCAUGGCCAUGACGAUCAUUAUCGAUAUAUGAGCAGUGAGCCUGCGGAUCACUAUCGGAUGAUGCCUGGAAAAACCGAAGACGCACCCCGAGCCUUGCCUUUUGCGCCACCGCCGGUUGAUUUCACCGGUUACAAUGUUUCAUCCGUGCCCCUUGCACAUGGUCUCUCCAUCUCCCACAGCCUACCCAAACCUUUAGGGGUGGAACGACUGGGACAUUCGCCCGUGUCUCAGUACGGGCGACGGUCCGCGUCUCCAAAUCCCCUCAACCUUCCUAAAAAACGAACAUUGGCCGAGACCGCGACAGAGACUCUAUUAGCCCCGUCUACAUUGGAAGCAGGAUCAAAUCAACUGCCUCCGAUUAUGUCUUCGGCCAAUCCUACUCCCCCGGGUCGUCUCAGCUCCAUCUCCUCCAUUCUGAACCAAUCGGAUGUUCGGGGCGAGGCUCGCCCGGAUACCAAUCCUGGACGCCCACCUUCUAUUCACCACUCUAUCUCCCCUUCACCUCACCCGCCGCAGCCUUUGCCUGGCCUUGCAUCUCUGGGAGACUCGGUUGAUCGCCGUGCCCGACUUGAACGCGAAGCUGAGCAGAUGCGCGAGAUGCUCAGAGCAAAGGAGCGCGAGCUUGCAGAGAUGAGACGAUAG